AUGAUUUACUUGAAGACCUUGUUGAACGUGAUCGACAACUCUGGCGCCCAGGUGGUGGAGUGCAUCAAGGUGUUGCGCCACGGGCCCAGAAACUUCGCCAAAGUCGGUGACGAAAUCACCGUCGUCGUCAAGAAAGCCAGACCUUUACAGACAGAAAUCACUGGCCAGGCCUCCAACAACCGUGUUAAGAGAAGAGAUAUAUGCCGUGCCAUUGUGGUGAGGACAAGAGCGCCUUUCAGAAGACCUGACGGCUCGGUGGUCAGAUUUGAUGACAAUGCCUGCGUGUUAGUCAACAAGAGUGGCGAUCCCUUGGGAACCAGAGUGUCCUCGGUUGUGGCCAAGGAGUUGAGAGAGUUGGAGUUCAACAAGAUCGUGUCGUUGGCCCCAAAGACGUUUUAG